UAUACUGAAAUAGCAUUCCAUUCAUAAAUCUAUCAUGGUAUCAGAGCAUUCUUUCCUGUGUUUCUUUCUAUAAGUCAUAAAUCUUUUUUUUUUUUUCAUCCCAUGUCAACCGCCACAGAAAAUGCAACUCCUCUUGCAAGCACAACAAACAUGGAGGCAAAUCCAUCAUCUCCCUUUUAUCUGCAUCAUUCCGCUGGUCCAGGCACUACACUUGUGACACAACUAAUGACAGGGAACAAUUAUCCCACAUGGAGCCGUGCAAUUACCAUGGCUUUUGAAGCAAAAAACAAACUUGGAUUUGUUGAUGGAACAAUUCCAGAACCAAGUGCUACAUCAGCAACAUAUACUAUCUGGAAACGUUGCAAUAGCAUGGUUCUUUCGUGGCUUCUUAAUGCUAUCACCAAGGAGAUAGCCAAUAGUGUGGGGUGCUUAAUGCAAUUUCUCAUGGGACUUAAUGAGUCUUACAGCAACUUGAGGAGCCAAAUCUUGGUAAUGAGUCCUUUACCUACUGUUACAAAAGCAUUAUCUUUGGUUUUACAGGAUGAGAGGCAGCGCUCCAUUCAAGUACUUUCUCAACCACCUUACCCAGAGCAGUCUGCCAUGGCUGCAAUUGUCGAUCAUGAGGCAUUACAUUCAGACUGUGGCCAACCUUUCACUCAGGAACAAAUUCAACAGCUUCUUUCCCUUAUUCAACCAAAUAUCACAAAUUCCUCUAAUUCUAAUCCAUUAGUCAACAUGGCAGACACUCACACAUGGUCUCUUGUUUCUUUGCCUACUGAUAAACAGCCGAUUGGUUGCAAAUGGGUUUAUAAAAUCAAAAGGAAAUCUGAUGGCAACAUCGAUCGAUACAAAGCCCGUCUUGUUGCUAAAGGUUAUACACAAGUUGAAGGUAUUGAUUAUCAUGAUACUUUUGCACCUGUAGCUAAGCUUGUGACAGUUCGGGUUCUUUUGGCUAUUGCUGCUAUGAAACAAUGGUCCCUACAUCAAUUAGAUGUUCAGAAUGCCUUUCUCUAUGGUGAUUUACAUGAAGAAGUGUAUAUGCCAUUGCCUCCUGGACAUCCUCGCAAUGUGGAGCAUGGUCUUGUCUCCAAGUUGAACAAAUCCCUUUAUGGUCUUAAGCAAGCCUCACACAAUUGGUUUGCCAAAUUUUCUCAUGCUUUACUUGCUAUUGGAUUUACUCAAUCAUUUGCAGAUUACUCUCUCUUUUCUUUGUCUCGUGGAGCUUCAUGUGUUUAUGUCUUAGUAUAUGUUGAUGAUAUGGUAAUCACAGUUGUCUCACCACUCGACGCUCCACCACUGGUUACUGCAUCUUUCUUGGUAAUAGUCCUAUUUCUUGGAAGAGUAAGAAGUAAAAUAGUCUCUCUUUCUUCUGCUAAGGCUGAGUACCGUGCCAUGGCCACCACAACUAAAGAAAUUAUCUGGUUGCAUAGCUUAUUGUCCACCUUUGGCAUUCAACUCCCUACUCCUACUCCAUUAUAUUGUGACAAUCGAGCUGCCCGUCAUAUAGCUGCUAAUCUUGUUUUCCAUGAAAGAACAAAGCAUCUUGAGAUAGAUUGUCAUGUUGUUCAUGAGAAAGACCAAGCUGGUCUUAUUCUUCCACUCUCCAUUGCUUCUGCAGAUCAACCUGCUGAUAUCUUCACAAAGGCAUUGGGCAAAGAUCGCUUCCUCUAUCUUUGUGACAAGCUGGGCAUUCGAAAUUUUCAUGCUCCAGCUUGAGGGGGAGUAUUGGAGAUAAUUAUGGGUUGCAGAUAAUUAUGGAUUGUAGGUAAUAUAUGGUAUUUAUUUGAAAUAUCUGGUAUAUCUGAAAUAUAUAUGGCAUAUCUGUACUUAUCUCAUAGAAUUUCUUAGUUAUUAUUUAGUAGGAUUCUCAGCUGAUUUAGCGCAGUUGAUUUAGCCGCCUUUUACUUUGAUUUCUUGUAUAUAUGAUGUACUAAUCUUUUCAAAGUAAUAUAUUGAAAUAGCAUUC